AUGGUCGAACCCAAGCGUGCUGACCCGGCUUUGACGGAUGCCCUCAGCGAGUUUGCCCAAGCUGCGGGCCUCCAAGGGGGUAUAGCACCGGCAUCAGCCUCUGAAGUCUUCCAGGUCGUGGAGGACGCCAACCGCAAGUUUCAGUCCUCGUCCCCCAAGUCUAUCAAGUUUUCGCAGAAGUUAUCACCAUGUCUCGAGUCAAUCAACCGGUUUUCGUCCGUCAUAGACACAUUCAUCCAGUCGAAUCCCACCAUCUCCGGUUUAGUCUGGGGUAGUCUCAAAUUCCUGCUGCAGGGAGCACUGCAAUUUACCUCCUACCUCGAAAGGCUGGGCGAAAUGUUUGAAGAACUUGGCCAAUUCUUUCCGGUCGUUUCUGAAUAUGAAACGAUCUUCGAGAGCUCUUAUACGGUCCGAGCUGCGGUGUUGCAUCUGUACACGGAUGUCGUCCACUUCUUCACUCGAGCAGUGAAGUUUCUGAAGAGAAAACCAAGGGAUCUCAUCUUUCGGACACUCGUGAAACCGUUUGAGCAUGACUACGCGCAGAUCCUUAAGAGCUACCAGACUCACCGCAACGAGCUGCAGAUAGUGGCACUCGCUGCGAUGGAGAGGAAUGCCAGGAAGGAGCGGGAAAUGGCGGAGAUUGCUCGCAACGCGGCCGAAGAGGAACGAAAGCGUGCCGAAAAGGAGAGAGUCGCCGCGGAAAAUGAGCGCAAAGAGGCGGCAGCUGAGAGACAACGCGCCGAGCAAGCGAGGACAGACAUUCGCGAAGAAAUCAAACGGCAGGAAGCGCACAGGAAGGAGGCGUCGCGGGCCCGAGAAGAGGUCCGGGAGGAGACCAAAAACCAGGAGGUCCACCGGACGGUGGUUCAGGGACAACUGAAAGGCCUGGAAUCAGAUUCGAUGAUGCGGUGGUUGGAUACCCCAGACUAUGAAAGUAUGCUAAGUCAGAUGGUCAGGCAACGCCAGGAAGAUACUGUUCUCUGGAUUGAGAGACAUCCUAAGUAUCUCUCCUGGAGACAAUAUGCCAACUGGACGCGUGACAUUCUAUGGAUAUAUGGCGGUCCUGGUAUGGGCAAGACCAUUCUAGCAGCGACCAUCGUUGAGGACCUUAGGCGCCUUCACGUCGCGCAGAGUCCUCAUCAAACAACUAAGAGAUACGCCGUGUGUUUCUUUUUCUUCGAUUCGAGCAACGUCUUUGAGCAGCCGGAAGUGGUAAUGCUCCGAGCCCUCGUAGCACAGCUGCUGCAUCAGGCCGACAAGCCCGACCCUCUCAACCAAAUUUAUCUUGCACGACGCUCGGCGCAUGCGUCACUGACAGAGCUCAGAGAAGCAUUCUCGACCCUGGCGAGCGACUGCUCGGGUGUCUAUGUUGUUAUUGAUGGACUAGACGAUGCGGCGAACGCCAGUGAUGCCCUGCAGCUUUUGCUCACUCUCUUGGUCCAGGUGUCACCCGUCAUGAAGCUGCUGGUCACCAGCCGUCCUGAGCCCGACAUUCGGCGCUUCUUUCAUUCCCAUCCGCAGUUUGAGCUGACAGAGGAUAUCACACAACCGGAUGUGCGACGAGUCGUCAGGACUCGCGUCCAGUCAGCGUGCGAGGACAAGAAGAUCAGAGCUUCUGACCCUAACCUUCGGCAGGAGAUUGUCGACGCCCUCGUCUCAAGUAGCUCCGGAGUAUUCCUCUGGGCGACAAUGCAGGUGAGGCACCUCCAGACUCUUCGUGUGCAGACUGAUCGGACUCUACGCGCCGCUGUCCGCAAUCUGCCCAGUGGUGUUGCAGAUAUCUAUGGUCGCAUCCUAGCCAAGAUAAACUCCUACGCGGAGGAAGAUCGCCUGCUGGCCGAGGAGCUUCUCCGCUGGGUUGUCUGCGCCAGACGACCGCUGAACGUCUCCGAACUGUGCUGCGCGCUUGCCAUCGACAUCGGAGACGAGGAACUAAACUUGGAUAACGUCCCGACCAACACGAGUGAGAUCGUAGACGCCUGCAGCCCUCUGCUCUCCAUCGGCGACAAGGGGACUGUUAGCCUGGUUCACUCAACGGUGGCACAGUUUCUUCUGGACCCUUCCAACAAAGCAUCUGUCCCUGUGGGUACCGACCGAUACUUCAUCGAGCAGACAGAAGCUCAUACCAUGCUGGCGGAAAAGUGUAUAUCAUAUUUGUCUCUGCUUUCCUUUCGCAAUCGGAUCUCCGGGUCGCAGACUUUAGCGAAGAUCACAAACCAGGAAAUCCACGCGUUUCCUUUGCUGGAAUACGCCGCGUUAAAUUGGUGGAAGCAUGUCGCUCACUCCAGCGUCUCGAAGAGCUCGGCAAAGAGGCUUGUGGAUCUGAUGUUCAACUUCGCCAAAUCUAGUCAGGGCCUGACUUGGCUCGAGGUGUCCAUCACCUUGUCGCUCUCCCUGGAACAUUUACACACCGUAUCGACGCAACUGCGUGCCUGGUUACGCCGGCUGGAGUUUGACCAUGAACAUAUCAACGACCUCAAGCUGUGGUUGGAGGGCCUCGUAGAUCUCACACGCGUCUGGGAUUCCAUCCUAAGAGAAUCCCCCUUUGAGCUGAGAUCUACCGUUAAGAAGUUUAGUACCGAGGGGCAGUUCUUCCAGAAGCAUUUCGGCUCGGACUUUAUCGGUGACAUCCGGCCACCCCCUGCCUCGUUGCGGCGAACUAAUACGAAUACCACCGUGGCAGAGGGAAACACAUUCGAUAUUCUGAUCGACGACGAGGAAGGCUAUGUCCUGCAUCCGUCGGGAAAGCUUCGCUUCCAGUUCACCUGGGAUAUCAUGCAAAGUAAUGGAACCAACUCACUUAGGUACACUAUCUACUCCGAAAGCCCGAUCACAAGGAGGCAGUUCAAGAAGGUCGAAUUUGCCCACGAAAUAUCCUGGAAGCUCCCACAGGACUUCCAACUCGGACUGCAUUCAGUGGCCUUUAGCCCUGAUUGGGAUUACAUGGCUAUCGCUACGGUCGAGUCCGUGAGAGGGCUGCGUACGGGCCGCCGAGAUGAGAGCAAAACCACCAUCCGCGUUUUCCUCUGGCGGGUGAGAGACCUCGAUGAACCCGGCGAAGAAAUGCUUUUCGACCUCCCCUGGAUAUUACCUACCAAGGGCAGUGACGGGAGUGUUUACAGCGGCUACGUUGGUCAAGGCCAGUAUGAUUCCUUCCGGGGCUCUCGAUGCGCAGUUGCCUUCCGGAAAGUCAAAUCCACCCUCUAUCUGCAGACCCCGUUCGGAGCGGUGGAUGUAGAAACAGGUGCUUCCCUAGAACAUUCUCGGUAUCUUCAAAGUGUCGUAACCCAACCCACUGUUGCUCAAUGCACAUUCAGCCCCGAUGGGCGUCGAAUCGCGAUGGUCAGGAACCAUUCAGACUUCGAAAUUGCCAAUAUCGAUGGGUCCAACGUCUGCGCCACGAAGCUGAUGGGGGAGAUAUGUGAGAUCCUGUCCAUUAGCAGGACAGGUCGAUAUGUAGCGAUCUGCCUCAACCAGCCUGCCACGUCGUCGCAGCUAAGCCAGUCGCGCCUUGUCAUUCUCGACACAGUCACCAAUACACUCCAGGUCCUACUGACCGGAACUCAGGAACGACGGUUUGAUGAGGUGACUUUUAAGCUCCGUGGCUGGCUAUCGUGGUCUCAAUGGGCCGCCCAGGGACGGUACGUGAAGUACAUGCCCAAGGGACUGGCCCCCGUUCGGCCAGAUAGGCACUGCAUUCAAGUUUAUUCCGUCUUCAACUGGCUAGUUGGCGGAGCCUCCAGUGAGCUGUACAUCGAACCCGACAUUGACUAUCUGCUGGACCCUCAGGAGCAGCGUUGGGAUUUAGUGCAGCCUGCGGCUGUCAAGAGAGAACUGCCACCCUCAUCCAGUGCGACCUAUCUAUUCUCAGAUUGGACCAUUCGUCUCUCGGAUAGCUCGUUUGUUUUAUCCGUGGGCUUCUCGCCGCAAGAUGAGCACUGCUGUCUUCUCACGUCCAAGCAGACAAUCCUUCUUCCUAGCUCGCUGCAGCCAUCGUCCCUGACCUAUGCGCCCCCUACAGCUGGUAAACAGCAGAAAACCACAUACCGGACGUAUACUCGUCUGUUUGACCACAACAAAAAGCUUGGUUGCUUUCAGCUAGCCUACCAUGGCACGGAAGGACGCUGGAUGGAUUAUCUGGACUACAAGACGCACGACAUUGCCAAGAGCAUCACUGCCCGUGUGUACAUAUGGGAUCUCUGCGGCACGCCAAGGCUCGUCCGUGACCAGCUUCUGCAACUGGAUGAGGUUGAAAUCAACAUGCUUCGGUACGAACAAUACCGCCGGCUGGAUGUGGCUUUCCACCCUGCCUGUGAUCGCAUGGCAAUCUUCAACGUAGUAUACAACCUCGACCGGGUCACCAGCAGCAGCGUAGAAUACCAGAUAUACCAUGAGACGAACAAGUUCCAUCCGGAUAUCGCAGCCGGACGCACGAACAACGCCUGGCAGGUAUCCUUCAAUCCGGACGGCAGAUACAUUGCGUUUGCCGUCACGGCGAGUACCCGGACCCCAGGACUCUUUGGAAAACGAGGAGAGAUCACCAAUGCUGUGGUGAUUUUCAAGACAGACAAGCCCAGUAUGCCGUUAUGCUCGCAGAUAUCGAGCCACAAGGGCGACACUCUCGCCAUGGGUUCGUGUUCUGUUACAUUUCACCCCACGGAUAGGAAGCUACUCUGGACAUCAAUGUUUGUGUUCACCGACGCUACGACCAAGACAACCACAAAGCUACUGGACUUCAGUCACGAGCCCUACGAGACGUCCUUUAUCACAGACCUCAAAUACGACGAAUUCAAGUUCAUCCCCACGCCCUCCGGAGACCAGAUCUACGGCCACCCCUCCCAAGCCGGCCACCCCGGCUUCUGGGACCGUCUCGACACAAACACACACACACCGCAGCCAACUAACCUCCUCGAACCCGGUAAAAUCCAGCUCACCGGCCUGGCACACAACACUCGACACAUCACCGGGAUCAUUGCGGCCCCCGCUCCAGCGAGCUCGGCCUCCGCUGGGCCAAUAUCCACAUUCCCAUUCACCAAGAAGACCAUUCUCCAACUACCCCCUUCUACCCACCUCCACCAGAACAGCGCGCGAGUCGUCCAGCGAGCGAAUGACUACCUCGUCAUCCUCCUCUUCCAGGACGGCCCCGUCCACUUGAACAACACCAACACCCGCCGGAGCGCGAGCGCGAGCACAAGCACGAGCGAGACCGACACCGAGAACCUCAUCAAACCCAUCCUGAUCCCCGUAGACGCGAAGGAGCUCGCCGCGCGACCCGUCUCGCCGCUCAAGGCACGCGACGUCGAUGAUAUCCACCCUCUACUCGCUAUGCCCCAUGGAAGUUGA